AUGAAAUCAUUAAUAUGGGCAGCAAAUGAUACUACCAAUUUUUAUAUUGCGAGGAACGAGGUCUUAUUUCUAAUUACUUGCGAGCAUAUUGACGUCUUGAAGAACGUAGCUGGUUUCAACGACGCCCAGCACCGUGGCCACAAAUGGCAUGAUAGUCAUGACUCGAGUGACUCCGAGUCCGAUGAUUCUAAUAGCGACAUGAUCAGUGGAUAUUCAGAAGAAACUAGUUCUGACAUAUCAUCUGAAACAUACUCAUCAAGCGACUCUUCAGAUGCUUCCUCGGCGGAAACUAAGGAACGAAGGAGAGCCACACAAGCACAUAGAGUAUGCACUCCUUGUCUUCACGACAUGAUGAAGAAGCACAAGAAUAUAGGAAUCAAGUGGAUCUGCAGUGGUUACCAGAGAGCUCGACGUUCCUUUAAAAGUGAUUGCAUGAUGCGCUACAGGAUUUGUCAGGAUGGCACAUUAUUUGUUAAGCUGUACGACCACAGAUGCAAGAAUGAUUCGUACCACGGCCGACACUGGUUCUAUGUGUACAGAGUGUGAAGUAAAU